GCAGUCUGUCCCAUAUCAUUACUGGGAGCAAAGGUUUUAUAAAAUGGGACGAAAACAGGGCCUCCAGAGGGACCCACCCACCUCCGUCAACUUUCUUAGGCUAUCCGCUCUCUCGAUUCGUUUCUCUUCCUGGAUCUGACGGCCAACACCUACAAAUUCUGAAGAUGAGUUACCCAGGAUACCCGCCACAAUCCGGUGGAUACCCACCCCAGGCAGGGGGCUACCCACCCCAGGCAGGGGGCUACCCACCCCAACCAGGCGCCUACCCUCCGGCAGCUGGUGGCUAUCCCCCAGCACCGGGUGCCUACCCUCCAGGAGCCGGCUAUCCGCCACAGGGUGGUGGAUACCCACCUCAGGCUGGAUACCCCCCAGCAGCAGGGGGCUUUCCCCAGCCUGGAGGGUACCCUGCUCCAGCCGGAGGCUUUCCUCAGGCUGGUGGCUAUCCUGCACAACCAGGUCAGGGAGGUUAUCCCUCCAUGCCUCCAGCAGGUGGAGGCUGGGGUGCAGCACCAGGUGGCUAUGGCGCGCCCGGAGGGGCACCACAAGGAUAUCCAGGGGGCCCUGCCCCAGGCCAGCCCAUGCCAAAUUACCCCGGAGCCCCUGCCGGUGGCCCCGCGAUGCCUGGGUAUGGGGGCGGUGUUCCAUCCAACCCUCAGGCACCAGCAAUUCCUAAAGGAUACAGGGGUUCCAUCAAAGAUUUUCCUGGAGCUGAUCCUCUGAAAGAUGUUGAAGUCCUCCGAAAAGCGAUGAAGGGUUUUGGAACUGAUGAAAACGCUAUUAUUGAGCUUCUGGGAAGUCGCUCCAACAAGCAGAGAGUUGCAUUGAUAGCAGCCUACAAGACUACAUAUGGAAAGGAUUUAAUCCGUGAUCUGAAGUCUGAACUUAGCAAAGACUUUGAAGACCUGGUUAUUGCCAUGUUGCAGACCCCAACUCAAUUUGAUGCCUCUGAGCUGAGGGAGGCUAUAAAGGGUGCUGGAACUGAUGAAGCGUGCCUGAUUGAGAUUUUGUCAUCACGUUCCAACGCAGAAAUUCAAGAGAUCAACAAACUGUACAAAUCUGAGUACGGAAAGAAGUUGGAGGACGCUAUCAUCAGCGACACCUCUGGUCACUUCCGCAGACUCCUGGUGUCUCUUUGUCAGGGAAAUCGUGAUGAAAGGGAGACGGUUGACCUUUCAUUAGCCAAACAAGAUGCUCAGAAAUUGUAUGCGGCUGGUGUAAAUAAAGUGGGAACUGAUGAGUCACAAUUCAAUGCAAUCCUGUGCGCUCGCAGCAAGCCACACCUGCGUGCAGUCUUCCAGGAGUACCAGCAGAUGACUGGGAAAGACAUUGAAAAGAGUAUCUGCAGUGAAAUGUCUGGAAACCUGGAAUCUGGGAUGGUGGCUGUGGUCAAAUGCAUUAAGAACACUCCAGCCUACUUUGCUGAAAGGCUCUAUAAGGCCAUGAAGGGAGCAGGGACCAAGGACAGGACCCUCAUCCGGAUCAUGGUGUCCCGCUCUGAGGUGGACAUACUGGAUAUCAGACAGGAGUUUCUGAAGGCCUAUGGGAAGUCACUGUACACUCACAUCUCGAGUGAUACUUCAGGGGACUACAAGAAGCUGCUGUUGAAGCUGUGCGGCUCAAACGACUAAACAAAGUGCAAGUUGACCACAGAAGGACGAUAUAUACGUCAACCCCAUAGCAAUGAUACAUAUGUAUGACUUGUAUCACGCCUUGUGCAUGCCCCAAAUGCCUUUAGCAAAUCAAUAUUGAUUCUAUAUUUUCAUAUAUAUAUUUGACAUGAUUUUUGAUAUAUUAUUAGGUGCAUUAAUUCAGUGGAAAAUCUGAUUUCAAAGAAACAAAACCCUUGUGUGAUAAGUGCCACAGCAUUUCCUACAUUAGAAUAUAAGCUAUGUAUGCCUUUAGUAAAGUACCGUCUGUCCUACAGAAUAAUAAUAUAUUAACUUUAAAUGGAAUAUAAACCUUUCAAGCUAAAGUCUGCUGAAGUUUGUAGUUCUCUCAGAAGAAACUUUUGUUUGAGGAAAGAGAGCACACUAACAUUAACAGCCACUGUGCCAUUUAUUUAGGAUAUAGAUUACACCUCACAGUUUUACUGUGAGUUAUAAAGGUAUUAAAAAAAUGCCAUUAAUGGCAUAUGAGUUUAAUCAAAAAUGAAUUUAAGAGACUCCCAUAGACAGAAGUCACAUGAUCAGAUCCAUGUUUAGGUGGCCAUAGUCAUGUAAGCUUUAAAUGUAUGAAAUUAAAAACCUGGAAAUGUCCUCUCCUCUCUGCUUAUAGUCUUUCAGCAACUGGAUUUUGUUUCUCUUCAGCUUGCAAGCCUCUGGGAAUUAGCUUUGUAUGUUUUCCUUCUACUGUUUAAUUUUUACAGCAACACUGUUACAUCUCGGUGCCAUGAAGCCAAAGACUAAAAACAGAUCAUGUUGUACCUUUUAGUGUAUGUUCCUCUGGGAGGUGGUUGAAAGUAUGUAAAGCAUGUCAGCCUCGCAUAACAUUGUUGAUAUAUCAGCCAAUAUGUACAUUUUCGUUGUCUAAUAAACAGAAACAGUUUGCUCUUA